UUCAAGGAUUUUGGAUUUUACGUACAAUCCACUGACCCUUAACAAAUUCUCAACAUCAUUUUCACUCAGUGUCACAAACAUGGAAUUAUUACUAUUACUCUGCUACAUAAGGCAAUAAGCUAGCUGCAUACCAGUUCAUUUCUGUUCAAGACUUCAAGCUGGUUCAGAAUAUCAAUGGCCAAGACAAUUACAGGUAGCGGUGGAGAUAAACGAUGGUCUCUCGACGGAGCAACCGCCCUCGUCACUGGUGGAACUCGUGGCAUAGGGCAUGCAAUUGUAGAGGAGCUAGCAGGGUUUGGAGCAUCGAUUUAUACAUGUUCUCGCAACCAGCAAGACAUUGAUAAGUGUAUAGAGGAAUGGAGAAUCAAAGGUUUUACAGUUACAGGAUCAGUAUGUGACUUAAAAUCGCGAUCUCAACGGGAGGAAUUAAUGAAUUCUGUGGCCUCUGCUUUCGAUGGAAAGCUCAAUAUUUUGGUUAAUAAUGCUGCAAUAGUUGUGGUCAAGGAGACGACAGAGUUCACAGCCGAAGAUAUGUCUAACAUGAUGAGUAUUAAUUUCGAGGCGUCUUAUCAUCUGUGUCAGAUUGCACAACCGUUACUAAAGGCAUCAGGAACCGGGAACAUUGUGUUCAUUUCCUCAGUUGCUGGAGUUGUAGCUUUGCCUAUGCUUUCUAUUUAUUCGUCGUCAAAAGGAGCAAUCAACCAACUGACCAAAAGUUUGGCGUGCGAAUGGGCCAAGGACAAUAUUCGUGUUAAUUGUGUGGCGCCAUGGGUGAUCAAAACUUCGAUUCUUGCAGAUAUUGAAAGGCAGUCUCCAGGAUACAUGGAGAAGCUUGAUGGCAUGGUCUCCCGGACUCCAAUUCGCCGCCCUGGAGAACAAACUGAAGUUUCGGCAUUAGUCAUAUUUCUUUGCCUACCAGCAGCUUCGUACAUUACUGGCCAGAUAAUCUGCGUUGAUGGAGGCCAUUCUGUUUGCGGUUAUUGACCAGAAAUUAAAUAUACUCAUUCAAGAGCUUUCUUUGUAAUUAUCAGAGCAUGCAUAUUGUACUCUGCAUUCCUUUGUUUAACGUCCAUUUGGAUAUUGUUUAAGUGCAUCAAUUUGAAGGUUUUGGAUGUUAUUUAAA